UGCUUUCCUUUGCAUGCAAAAGGGACCCGGAUGAGAUAAAUGUUUUGCUUGAAUUCUUUGAUGUCCUGAUCUUUCUGUAGCUCUUUAUUUUUUUUUAACUUGUUCAUUAUAAAUUUAGCUUGAUGUUGCUGUUUAAUCUCUUCAGCUCUUCAUUGCAUCCGUCGUUUAUUCCACAGCGCUCUCUGGUAUUUGACAGUUCUGUUCUCUGGAGCAGCAUGGACCAGCAGCCAGCUUCGGGUGUAGCCUACUCUCAUCCAACUACAGUUGCUAGCUACACUGUCCAUCAGGCUCCAGUAGCUGCUCACACAGUUACUGCUGCCUAUGCACCAGCAGCUGCUACAGUUGCGGUUGCCAGGCCUGCUCCUGUAGCUGUUGCAGCUGCUGCAACAGCUGCUGCUUAUGGAGGCUACCCCACUGCACACACAGCAACGGAUUAUGGCUAUACCCAGAGACAACAAGAAGCACCACCCCCACCACCUCCAGCUACUACACAAAACUACCAGGACUCAUACUCGUAUGUAAGAUCCACGGCUCCUGCUGUAGCUUACGAUAGUAAGCAGUACUACCAACAACCAACAGCAACUGCUGCUGCUGUAGCUGCCGCUGCCCAGCCUCAGCCUUCUGUUGCUGAAACCUACUAUCAGACAGCCCCCAAAGCAGGUUAUAGCCAAGGUGCAACUCAGUAUACACAAGCCCAGCAAACUCGACAAGUGACAGCCAUAAAACCAGCGACACCGAGUCCAGCUACCACUACUUUCUCCAUUUAUCCUGUAUCUUCCACCGUACAGCCAGUAGCAGCUGCAGCUACUGUGGUGCCAUCCUACACCCAGAGUGCUACUUACAGUACCACGGCAGUCACUUAUUCUGGUACAUCUUAUUCAGGUUAUGAAGCAGCAGUGUAUUCAGCUGCAUCCUCCUACUACCAACAGCAGCAGCAGCAACAGAAGCAGGCAGCGGCAGCAGCUGCUGCUGCUGCUGCCACAGCUGCCUGGACAGGGACCACCUUUACUAAAAAAGCACCAUUCCAAAAUAAGCAACUGAAACCAAAACAGCCUCCCAAACCACCCCAGAUUCACUAUUGCGAUGUUUGUAAGAUCAGCUGUGCUGGACCACAGACUUACAAAGAACAUUUAGAAGGACAGAAACAUAAAAAAAAAGAAGCUGCAUUGAAAGCCUCACAAAAUACCAGCAGCAGCAGCAACUCUGCUCGUGGGACUCAGAAUCAGCUGCGCUGCGAGCUCUGCGAUGUGUCUUGUACAGGAGCAGAUGCAUAUGCUGCCCACAUUCGUGGUGCUAAGCAUCAGAAAGUGGUUAAAUUACACACAAAACUUGGUAAACCCAUUCCUUCAACAGAACCAAAUGUUGUUAGCCAAGCUACUUCUUCAACAGCUGUGUCUGUUACAAAACCGACUGCCUCUCCUUCAAGCAUUGCAGCAAGCAAUUGUACUGUGAAUACUUCUUCAAUUGCAACUUCUUCAGUGAAAGGUCUUACAGCUACAGGAAACUCGUCUCUUAAUAGCACAUCCAACACUAAAGUGUCAGCAGUGCCUACAAGUAUGGCUGCCAAGAAGACAUCUACUCCCAAAAUAAACUUUGUUGGUGGUAAUAAGCUGCAAUCAACAGGAAAUAAAACAGAAGACUUAAAAGGAACAGAAUCUGUUAAAGGCACUCCUGUUCCUUCUGUACAGAUCCCAGAAGUGAAGCCAGACACAGUGUCAGAACCAGUCACGCCUGCCUCUCUGGCUGCUCUGCAGAGUGAUGUGCAGCCAGUGGGCCAUGACUACGUGGAGGAGGUACGAAACGAUGAGGGAAAAGUAAUUCGAUUCCAUUGUAAAUUAUGCGAGUGCAGCUUUAAUGAUCCCAAUGCUAAGGAAAUGCACUUAAAAGGGCGAAGACACAGACUUCAAUAUAAAAAAAAAGUCAAUCCAGAUUUGCAAGUAGAAGUAAAGCCCAGUAUUCGAGCAAGAAAGAUUCAAGAAGAGAAAAUGAGGAAGCAAAUGCAGAAAGAGGAGUAUUGGCGGAGACGAGAAGAAGAAGAGCGCUGGAGAAUGGAAAUGAGACGUUAUGAAGAGGAUAUGUACUGGAGAAGAAUGGAGGAAGAACAACAUCAUUGGGAUGAUCGCCGCCGAAUGCCUGAUGGUGGCUAUCCUCAUGGUCCCCCAGGUCCGCUAGGCCUUCUCGGAGUCCGACCAGGCAUGCCUCCUCAGCCACAGGGGCCGGCACCUUUACGACGUCCUGACUCAUCUGAUGACCGUUAUGUAAUGACAAAACAUGCAACCAUUUACCCAACUGAAGAGGAAUUACAGGCAGUUCAGAAAAUUGUUUCUAUCACUGAACGUGCUUUAAAACUUGUUUCAGACAGUUUGUCUGAACAUGAGAAGAGCAAGAACAAGGAAGGAGAUGAUAAGAAAGAGGGAGGUAAAGACAGAGCUUUAAAAGGAGUUUUGCGAGUGGGAGUGUUGGCAAAAGGAUUACUUCUCCGAGGAGAUAGAAAUGUCAACCUUGUUUUGCUGUGCUCAGAGAAGCCUUCCAAGACAUUAUUAACCCGUAUCGCAGAAAACCUGCCCAAACAGCUUGCUGUUAUAAGUCCUGAGAAGUAUGACAUAAAAUGUGCUGUGUCUGAAGCGGCAAUCAUUUUGAAUUCAUGUGUGGAACCCAAAAUGCAAGUCACUAUCACCCUAACAUCUCCAAUUAUUCGAGAAGAGAACAUGAGGGAAGGAGAUGUAACCUCGGGUAUGGUGAAAGACCCACCGGACGUCUUGGACAGGCAAAAAUGCCUUGACGCUCUGGCUGCUCUACGCCACGCUAAGUGGUUCCAGGCUAGAGCUAAUGGUCUACAGUCCUGUGUGAUUAUCAUACGUAUUCUCCGGGACCUUUGUCAGCGAGUUCCAACUUGGUCUGAUUUUCCAAGCUGGGCUAUGGAGUUAUUAGUAGAGAAAGCAAUCAGCAGUGCUUCUAGUCCUCAGAGCCCUGGAGAUGCACUAAGAAGAGUGUUUGAGUGCAUUUCUUCAGGGAUUAUUCUUAAAGGUAGUCCUGGCCUUCUGGAUCCUUGUGAGAAGGAUCCCUUUGAUACCUUGGCCACAAUGACUGACCAGCAGCGUGAGGACAUCACAUCCAGUGCACAGUUUGCAUUGAGACUCCUUGCAUUCCGCCAGAUACACAAAGUUCUAGGCAUGGACCCGUUACCCCAAAUGAGCCAACGUUUUAACAUCCACAACAACAGGAAACGAAGAAGGGAUAGUGAUGGAGUUGAUGGAUUUGAAGCUGAGGGGAAAAAAGACAAAAAAGAUUAUGAUAACUUUUAAAAAAGUUUCUGUAAAUCUGCAGUGUUAAAAAUAAUAGGUGCCCAUUUGUUGGCUGUUUUUCAUUCAUAAUAAUGUCUACUUUAAAAAAUUUAUCAAGAAUUUCAUGGAAGAACCAAGUUUUUCUGUGACAUUAAAAUCUUCAUGUACAGUGUUAGGUGUUAUAUGAAUGGAAAGACACCCCCCAAAAAUUGUGCUCCAACUAGGGGAAAAACAAUGGUUCAGAUUCUCUCUCCCCCCCCCCCCCCCCCCCCGCCAUUAUUUUGGUUUUAUUUACUGGUUGCCCUAGUUUCUUCUAUUUUUGUGUCUUUUAUUAACUAGUCUUAUUAAAUCUUCACUGUAUUUAAUGCAGUAUUUGUACUUCAGUUACUAUGUGUAUUUUGAGAUGUUUAUUUAGAGGUUUUGUUCUUUGACACUAGCUGUUUGUGUUAUAGAUGAUGUCCUUUACUCCUUAAUAUUUUACAGCAGUAUAUUUUUUGUAAUGUGAGACUGCAAAAUUUUUUCCUGUUUUGUUUUGUUAUUCUAUAUGUGAUGGAUUAUAACACAAAAAGUUAUCCUGCCAUUUAAGUGCUCAGAACUGAAUGUUUCUGCAGAUUUUGUGGCAUUUGUCUCUCUAGUGUGAUAUAUAAAGGUGUAAUUAAGACAGAUUUCUGUUAAUCUAAUCAAGUUUGCUGUUAGUUGUGCAUUAGCAGUAUAAAAGCUAAUAUAUACUAUGGUCUUGCAACAGUUUUAAAAGCCUCUGCAUAAUUAAUAAAAAUGCAUGACAUCUUUGUUUUUAAUAGACUUUUAAAAUUAUAAUUUUAGGUUUGACACGUAGAUCUUUGUACAGUUGACUUUUUGACAUAGCAAGGCCAAAAAUAACUUUCUGAAUAUUUUUUUCUUCUGCAUAAGUGGAGAGGGCAUUUUUCAUACUAUAAGUGGGCUAACCAAUAUUUUGAAAAGAACUUUAUCAUUGUGCAACUAACAACAGUAACUAGCCCUUAAUUAUGAUGACAUUUCCUUGUUGGUGUGUGUGAGAUUACUCUAGCGACUAUUACAGUAUAACACAAUUGAAUGAUUCCUUUCCCCUGCCCCCAUACCCUAUCACCCAGAGAAUUUACAGUUCUAUUAACAGUGAGGUUGAUAAAGUAUUACUGAUAAAAAAUUAAGAUUAUCUAAGGAAAAAAAAACCAGAAAAUUAUUUGGUGUGGCCAUCUUACAUGCUUAUGUGUCCUACAAAAAGCUAAAUAUUCUAGCAGUGGUGUAAUGAUAAGUUACAUCUUACUGUUGAUGUGUUUAUGCUCUGGUACACAGGUGUCAUUUUGUUGUCACAGCACUACAGUGAAAUACACAAAUAAAAAUUUAAAUUCAUAUUAUGACUUAAAUGUAUUAUAUGUUAGAAUUGACAUAAACUACUUUUGCUUUGAAAUGACUUAUGCUUUAGUAAAACUAUAUUCAAAAGUA